UUUCUUUUUUAUUAUUAUGUCUAACCCUUUUGUUGAACCUAUUCUCGAUAACGGUCAAGGUGUUAUUGAUCCUGAUGUGUAUUUCCAGAUCAAUAAACCACCUACUGAUCUACCUGAAUUUGAGUCUAAACUAAGCGCGUUUGUAGACUAUCAUAAAGAAAAAGGAAAUAAUGUGGUGUUUAUCACUAGUGGAGGUACUACCGUGCCUCUAGAAAACCAAACAGUUCGUUUUAUUGAUAACUUCAGUAACGGUACACGCGGUGCUAGUUCUGCUGAAUACUUUUUAAAAGCAGGUUAUGCUGUUGUCUUUAUGCAUCGUCAAAACAGUAUUCAACCUUUUCAUCGUCACUUUGGACACAUGUUGGAUUACGUUGAACCUAAACAAGACGGCACAGUUCAAGUUCGACCUGAAUAUGUUGACGCUAUCCAUACUGUCCUGACCAAAUAUCACCAAGUCAAAGAAAAGAACUUGAUGUUGAUGCUCGAUUUUGUUACGUUACCCGAAUAUCUGUUUAAGCUUCAAGCAGGCACAAAGAUUCUAGCACGCUUACAGAAUAAGGCCAUGUAUUAUCUUGCUGCUGCUGUCAGUGAUUUCUUUAUUCGGUCGGAAAAGAUGGCAGAACAUAAAAUUCAGUCACGUGAUGGUGGAUUGACAUUGACAUUAGAUCAAGUGCCCAAGUUCUUGAAACCUUUAGUGAGUCAUUGGGCGUCUAAAGGACUGAUUGUUUCUUUCAAGCUCGAAACAGACAAUACAUUACUUGUACCCAAGGCUCGUCAAGCAUUAAAUCGCUAUGGCCAUCAAGUUGUAAUUGGUAAUAUGCUCAAGACACGUAAACAAACAGUGACAUUAAUUACACAACAUUCCGAGCGUGUCUUGUCGCUCACACAAGAAGAAUUAGACAAUGAAGUUGAGAUUGAAAGUAGAAUUAUUUCUGAAUUAGUGGCUAUUCAUCAACACUGGAUGGCAUCAGGUCAUACUGAACAAUAAAUGAAUGUCACGUGAUGCCGAGAAUUAUCCUCGGUUAAUAAAACAGAGAAUUUUCCCAUGACAUCGAUGGGCGAGUGUGACGACAGUGUACCAUCAUUUGCAAAUCCUUUGAAACAUUGAUUAAUGACGUGAGAAGGUAUAUUCCAUUUUUAGCAAUGACGUCAAUGCACUUUGUAAAAAGUAUAAAUACUGACAGAUUGGUGAUAUGUGUUGCUUUAUUCAAUCAAUUAAUUAUUAUCUCAUAAAAAACAAAAAUGGAACCCUCAAGAACUGAUGCUAAGAAAGACCAAUUCAUUGGCUCUGUCAAGGACAAUGUUGGUGGUGCUGUUGGUAACGAAUCCAUGCAAUCCAAGGGCAAGACUCAAAAUGCUGCUGGUCAUGGUCAAGAAAC